AGCUCAGCUUGACGGUGAUCCCACCAUGUUGACCCCCUGCAAACUGGCACUAGUGAUCAUGGUGCUCACACUUCAUGAUUAUGGUGAUGCAGGCCUAAUCAUUGGAGGUCAUGAAGCAGCGCCACAUAGCAGGCCAUACAUGGUCCUUGUGGAGAUGUACAUGUCAAACGGGGAUAAAAAAUACUGUGGUGGAUUUCUACUGAAUGAGGAUUUCGUGAUGACUGCAGCCCACUGCCAAGCCAAGACUUAUGUUGUUAAACUUGGACUUCAUUACGUAUAUGAUGACAAGGGUGUACAGACUAUAACUGUGGAGCAGGCAUUUCCACGUAAUGACUUUAAUAAAACUCAAUAUGUGAAUGAUGUAAUGCUCCUUAAGCUGAGUUCCAAGGCCCAGUUCGACAAAAACGUGAAGCCCAUUGAACUUGCAGACCACGACGAUGGAUCUCUGCCAAAAUCGUGUGUAGUCUCCGGCUGGGGACUUCAUGACGGCACUAAGCAAAUGUCGACCAUCCUCAGGGAAGUCAAUGUAACACUGAUUGACAACGUUCGCUGUGCAAAGCAAAACUCUUACUGUUCUGAAGGAAAGACUGGACCACGUGAGGGAGACUCUGGAGGUCCAUUGGUCUGUGAUGGUGUGAAGGCAUACGGGGUCGUGUCAUCCAUGUUCAAUUCCAGCUCAGAUGCUCCACCACUCUAUAGGUUUGCUAAGAUCCCUGAUUACAGAAGGUGGAUCACUUCAACAACUAAAGGCUCUCAGAAAGGUUAAGGCUUUGAACAGCUGACCAAUUCAAUAAGAACAUGGGAUUUUAGUUUUUAUAUAUCAGUCAAUCUCUGAUACACUUUACUAAUGAUAUAAAGCUAUCUCCGAGUUAAAAGUAGUGUAGUUUAACUAUGUCAUAUUUUACAAACAAAAUCUACAUUUCAUUAGUUGGGGAAAACAAUGUAAAAAUAGAGUCAGAUUACUUUAUAGUUGAAUGUUUUAAAUUUUACGCAAGAAACCUUUCAAUUUAUUUGAAUAUUACAGAAGGUAAAGAACACAACAGGUAAUUUUUUUUUGAUUUCUAACAAAAGGGUCUUUUAAGCAAAUAUGCAAUUUAAACCACAUUUCUCAAAGCUCCACUUUAAGACAGUCAUGGUUCACAGGCUCAAUGCUUUUUUAAAAAAAAUAUGCUCCUGUUGAUCUUAGAAGGUGUAUUUCACAUUUUCUAUUCGUCAUGUAUCGUGUUAAUGCAAGAAAUAAACU